AUGGAUUCUCCUAUAUCGAUAUGGUCACAAGACACGCCUAGUCUAAAUGAUUGUUUGCGAAAAGAACCCCCGAUCUUAAAUGACAUAUCAACACUUUUGAUGCGAUUUAGAGAGAAUAGAUAUGCUGUUGUUACCGAUAUAGAGAAGGCGUUUCUUCAAAUCACACUAGACGAGAAAGACAGAGAUAUGACGAGAUUUUUCUGGCUAAAGGACUCAACAGACCCUACAUCACAGUUGAUUACUUACCGCUUUAAAGCUAUCCUAUUCGGCGCAACGUGUUCACCUUUUAUAUUGAAUGCGACCUUAUUAAAGCAUUUACGUGAACAGUCUAGUCAUACAUCUGAAACACUCAUAGAUGGAUUAUACGUAGACAACAUAAUUGCAGGCUUCGACAACACAACUGAACUAUUGAAGUUUUAUGAAGAGUCAAGAACACUGAUGACCAAAGGUGGAUUCAACUUACGUUCAUGGGCAUCGAAUUGUACAGCACUUAACGAUUUGGCUACAUCUUAA